GUUAGUGAACGCAUGUUGUAAUAUUUUUCGUUAAUGUAAUAUCCGUGCAAUAAUACGAUUUCACAAUGUAAACAGACGUAUAAUCCAAAGUUAUUGCAUAAUAUUAACACAUUAAAAAGUUGUAAAUAUAACCGAAAGUUAAUAAUACCUAAGCUUUUUGUUAUUUUCUAUCAUAACCUCAUUUUGUUACUUGCACGCGUAACAGUUUCAAGAAAUAAGAUGUCAGUUAUUUCUUCAAGAGUUAGCAGUGUGUCAUCGAUCUUAAAAGCUCCCGGAGUUAGGUCACAGUUAAUUAGACAGUCAAAUAGAGUAUAUUUCAAGCUUCCAAAGAAUCUGAAAAGUAUUAUAUAUAAUUUUGAAACUGGCAAUGGAACUAAAGAUUACGAAGAUUUAAUACAUAUUCUACGUGACUCAAAUAUGAAGGAUACAGACUUGAAAGAAUUUUUGGCAAAUGUAAGACAAUGUAUAUCAUUGCUUGGUCCCACUCAUAAAAUAUUUAUAGAAACACUUUUGCAAUUAAAAUGGACAAAUCGUUCGCUAGAAGUAACAUCCGCGUAUAAAGCAUUUCUGGAAGAUUUAAUUUGUAUGCAAAUAUAUUACGCUAAAUAUGUUAUAGAUAAUUUAGUUGAACAAUUCAAACCAGAUGAAAAUGAUGUGGAAUGGGAAGCUGGACAGUGUAGGGAAGAAGAUGUUCAGAGAUUAAGUCACAUACAUGAUGUACUUUGCAAAAUUUUGAAAAUUGUGCCAAUGUCAAGUAAGCUACUAUUGCAAUCGCUUAGAGGAAGAUUUCCAUAUAUUGUUCACGGGACUCAUAUUCAUGAAGUUUAUGUUUAUGCAUUGAUUCAAAUAUUCGAAUACGCGCCACAAUUACGAUCGGAUAUUCUGUCUCUAAUUAUUAACAGGUUAAUGGUAUUGGAUGUAAACAUACCACGUUUAGAGACAGAUAAUAAGGAUGAAGACUUGAUAGAUGAUAGUAGUGAAUGCGACAGCACAUUUGGUAAUGAGAAUAAUAUUGUCGAAGACAAUGAUAUAACAGAAACAGAUAAAAUACAUCCAAUAGCUCAUAAAUUGGAUGUGUGUAUGACGCUGAUUCUGAAAUACAUGCAUAACUCCUGUUUUCUUGAAGGAGUCUUGCAAAUAGAAUCUUUAAAAAGUCUUUAUUUCGAUAUAUUACAAAUAUUUGAAACAGUAAUAUUACCUACUCAUGCAAGUCAAUUUGUUCAGUAUAUUAUAUUCUAUAUUUGUAGUUUUAAAACAGCUGUUGUGGAGGCAUUUGUAGAUUGGUUAUGGAAUAAAGUAUCAAAUCCUAAUAUACCUCCUAUUAUACGCCAAUCAUCUGUGGCAUACAUUGCUAGUUUAUUAGUUACAGCAAAUUUUAUCACAGCCGGAUUAGUGAAAACGGUACAGUUUAAAUUGUGCAGAUGGAUACACGAUUAUAUUAAUAUGGAAGAUCACUUAAGAUAUAUUCGUGACGAAAAUAAAGAACAUAGUGUAUUUUAUUCUGUCUGCCAAGCACUAUUUCUUAUAAUUACUAAAAGGCAUAAUGACUUUCCUAAUUCAAAAAAAUAUAUGUUGUAUCUACAAGAAAUGGAUUUAGCAAAAAUUAUAACUUGUAGGUUAAAUCCAUUAAAAGUCUGCCACCCUGAAAUUGUUCAUAAUUUUGCGGAAAUAACACGAAUGUAUCAAUUGGCAUAUUGUUAUACUAUAAUCGAAAAUAAUACGCGGAGUCAGCUUCCUAUAUUCGGUAGUGAAAAGACAGCAACAAUUACAGCUGAGAAUUUUUUCCCAUUUAGUUCUUAUACAUUGCAUCGAAGUGGACAGCAAUUAAUUUCUUUAUUUCGCGAUAAUGUUACUAGUAGUAAUGACCAUAAAUCAAAUAUUAAACAUAAAGAAGACAUAGAAUAUAUGACUGAAUAGAACAUUUUUUUCGAAGUUAAUGUACUUUGAAUUUAUUUGUA